AUGAAGGUCCUGAUCGUUUUUGCUGCUGUCGCCACGCUGCUGAUGCCCGUCCACGGUGUUUUAAGACAGUGUGCUGGGAUUGGCCCUGACAACAGAUAUGAGGGCUCUGGCUUCUUGACUGCCGAUUUCACCCAGAAGUCCUGCGCCUCGUCCGGCGGCGUAAUCGAUCCUAACAGAAAGGGUAACCUGAAGUGCUGCAACGUCCCCGAUGCCCGCCAAGGCGACUUUAACGGCUUUUGCAGCGAGCAAAACGCUGGAAACAAAUUCCCUAACUUUCGACCUUCUGCCCAGUCGUGCUAG